AUGGCUCUGUGCUCCCCCAUGGACAUGAGCCUGAACGACGGCCACACAGUGACCAAGAACGUGAGCAAGCUGAGGCAGGGAUGCAGCAGCAGGCGCCUCACCAAGCACGCUAAGUUCAUACACAAUAUGAUCUGGGAGGUGUGUGGCUUCGUCCUGAAUAAGAGGCACACCUUGGAGCUGCUCAAGAUCUCCAAGGACAAGUGUGUUCUCAAGUUUAUCAAGAAAAGGGUAGGGACACACACAGAUGCCAAGAGGAAGCUUGAGGAGCCAAGUAACAUCCUGGCUGCCUUUCAGAAAGCCUCUGCCAAGAAGGACUGA